UUUUCUCUUUCCUACAGAGGGGCUAGGGCCAGAGUUGCCACUGGCAGGUACAGCGGUAUAGCUCAUGUUUUAUGUAGGGGCUGAAGACAUACGUUGACCUUAGUUCAGCCUAUAUCAAAGAAAACCGUAACUGACCAAUGACAGGGUCCAAGUCAAAGUCUUUCACUGUUGCUAACCUCAAUAAAUACUGUUCUAUCCCUCCAGUUGAUUUCUAUAUUAAACUGUAGGAUGCUGUGGAAACACUGGAUGUUAAUCACACUUGUGUGAGUUGCAUAUUGGACCGUGACUGUCUUCCAAACUGGUAGUGAUGUCUCAAAAUCAUGCUCGUAAGUACAUAUCUUAAAGAAAUAUACAUUCUUGGAAAUACGCUUAUUUCCUUUCUUGCCAAGAGUGAGAUGAGAAUAACACUUCUUUCGUAUCUGAAUUAAGGAGACAUGAUCUAAAAUGUUUUUGAACCUUUUGGACAGAGCCAGGCUAGCGGUUUCCCCUUGCUUUCAGUCUUCAUGCUAAGCCAAACUAACUAGCUGGUAGCUCCAGCUUUGUAAUGAAUGGACAGAUAUGAGAGUGGUAUCAACUUUUUCUUCUCUAUCUCUCCUAGAAAGAAUGUAUUUCCCAAAAUGUUGAACUGUUGCUUUCAACUCAGAUUCAAGGUGAGCAGAGACUAACUUCCCCCUUCAGUAGAUCAAUGUGAAAACAGGCUUCUUGUGUCAAUCUGCACCGUGAAGUUUGAACAUCCAACCGAAGCAACAACUUAAUUCAAUUAAAAAGUCUUUAAUCAAAAAAAGUCAGUUUUUUUUCUUAGCCAAGGGGAGUGCCCAGAAAACAUUAAGCUAAUAAUGCUGGACCUUGCUUUUUAAUUAAACAAAAUAUAAAAAUCAGCCCCCUCCUUAUUAUUUCCAUAUAGUCCCUUAAGGGAAAAUGCUGUGUCAUACUUAAAGUCUGAGGUCAAGCUUUUUUACCUGAUCAAGGUCUGAGACCGAAACGUAUUUUUCUAAAUAAAUGAUUGCUUGCGUAAUGGUCAGUGUGCGGGAUUUUCUCUUAACUUCUUGAUCUGCUACUUUUGAUCAUCCUACGUACCUGCCCAACAAAAGAGGUGUGUAAAAAGCUUUCCUACGUCAAGCUAAGCCUAAAAGCUUGAGUGGAACAAUAUGGUUUCAAUGGUAACUUAUGCUUGCUGUAUAUAACAAAAUUCUCUGAAAACAAACCCGAUUUGCUAAAGUUGCCCUCAAUCUGCUCUCUGAUACCCGUGACACAGUCAGCAGACAGACAGCUUGUUGAGUUUGAUGCCCUCCAGCUUCAUGCACUGUAGAUGCACUGAGGCCCACAUAGCCAGCUGUAAGAGCCUGAAUAAUAAAUGUCAACACUGAAGAGUAUCACAGUUAUGAUAGGCUCUUCAGAGAAAAGGGGGCUGGAGAACUACAGUAUACUGUAUAUUCUCUGUUUUACAAAAUGUAAGUAAAAAGCCAUGGUAAAACAAAAACAACAUAGCUGCACAAUCGCAGCCUUGUAGCUUUUCUGGAUAUUCACAGCACUCGCGCGUUAUUGCACUAAAUCAGAUGACUACUUUGAAGCAGACGAUUGCAUUUUCCUGACACUGCUGGACUACAUUUUUCUUUUACUUUGCUUUAAACCUGGAUGAAGAAUGAGGAUUCUUCACAUUGUUGUGUUUUGCUGCUUCUCAGUUGUCUGUGCGGAGGCGUCAGCAGUGCUGGAGGUGAGCGGCCAUGUUGGAGGAGAGGUCUCCAUCCACUGUUCUGGUAGCUGGACCACAAACAACAGCUCUGAACACUACCACAUGUACUUCUGCAAAGGAGUCUGCUCCAGAGAAACCAUUCUCAUUCGAACUGAGAGGAAGAGGCUGGCUGGCGCGCGGCGAGGGAGAUACAGCAUGGAGGUCAACAGAGGAGAUGGCGCCUUCAACGUGACCAUAAAGAGGCUGAAGAGGGUGGAUGCAGGGACGUAUCGCUGUGGAGUGGAGAAUACUUUUAAUGUGUUGCACCAGGAGGUCAAUCUCAUAGUCGUAGAUGCUCCCACUGUUCCUCACCGAUCUCCUCCCUCAACUACCACCCUGCUGACCGAAGCAGAAACUCUGUCCCGAGGCAGCUUUGCAUCCAGCACUAAACGGUCACCAGCAGCAUCAACCCUGCCCGCUACAGAGGCCGAGACUAACCAGCCAGCAGCAAACCACCUCAAAGACACCACAGUGGCCAUCAUUGUUUCGGUGAGCCUGGCUCUUCUGGUUUGUGCCAUUAUACCUGUUAUAUUCUACGGACACUGCCGGAGUAAUGCUGAAGGUCAGAACAAGGGUGAGCCUGACUACUGUGAGGAACAUGCAGAUGUUGCUUCUACUCCAGCUGCAGUGAGGCUGCGGUCUUUAGAACCAGGUGCUGAUCCAGAGUCCAGUAUUCAAGAUGCCUCACAGUUUGCUGGCGUCUACCAGGCACUGGAUCCCAAAUCUUUGGACUAAGCAGGGUUUAUUCUGUGUCUGAUCUGACAGCUAAUCUCACCCUAUUCUCUGUGUUUUGAAUGAAAUAAAGGACAAAUGUUUGAAUACA